CAGCAGCGCGGCCGCCGCCGGAGCCGCGCGAGCCGAGCGGGCGAUGGGCAGAGAGCGCGCGGCGCGCAGCAGCUCCGCAUCCAGCGCCCUCCCGCUCCGCAGCUCCCCGCGCCCCCGCCGCUUCCGUCGCCGCCGCCCGGGGGUCCCCCGGUCCGGGUCCCGCUCCUAGGACGCCGCCGCCCCCGCCGGCCGGCCCUGCCCGCCGCCUGCUGCCUUGCAGCCCCGUGGCCAUCCCGGAUGGCGCUUUCUUCCCAGGCUCGGUUUAGAAUGCAGUAACUUAAGAAUUAUUUACUACCGUGGAAUAAUUUAAGACCUAUCUCUGAGCAUUCCAUGAUAUGUCCUCUAUACUGGUCCCACCCAGAAUUGCUCAGGAGUUACUCCUGACUCUGCACUCAAGGAUCGCUCCUGACUGGACCUGGUGAACCAUAUGUGAUGCCAGGAAUUGAGUCCAGAUGAACUGUGUGCAAAGCAAGCACCCUACCAGCCGUACUCUCGUUCUGGGCCCAUAGGCACCAUUUAUUCUUGCAAACGUUUAAUACAUCCUCAUGAGGCAUCUAUGGGUGGCAGUUUGAUAGCCUUUUAUCAUCUCAUAUAAUAAUGGAUGUGCUUGAGAGAAGGAUAUUCCCCACGGUGUAGGUGUACAAUACUGAAGCAGUAAACACGGUACAAUAAAAAAUUAUGACAUCAGCAUCCAAAGGAAUUCUCCGCCCAUUUUUAAUCGUCUGCAUUAUCCUGGGCUGCUUCAUGGCAUGUCUGCUCAUUUAUAUCAAACCCACCAACAGCUGGAUCUUCAGUCCCAUGGAGUCAGCCAGCUCGAUGCUGAAACUGAAAAAGUUAUUCUCCACCAAAACGUAUUAUUUUAACGAAACUGUUAUUCUGAUUUGGUUGUGGCCAUUUGGACAAACCUUUGACCUUACGUCUUGCCAAGCAAUGUUCAACAUCCAAGGAUGCCAUCUCACCACAGACCGUUCCCUGUACAACAGAGCUCAUGCAGUUCUUAUCCAUCACCGAGACAUCAGCUGGGAUCUCACUAAUUUACCUCAGCAGGCUAGACCACCCUUCCAGAAGUGGAUUUGGAUGAAUUUGGAAUCACCAACUCAUACGCCUCAAAAGAGUGGCAUUGAGCACCUGUUCAACCUGACUCUGACUUACCGUCGUGAUUCAGAUAUCCAAGUGCCUUACGGCUUUUUGAUGGUCAACACAAAUCCUUUUGUGUUUGAAGUGCCAAGCAAAGAGAAGUUAGUCUGCUGGGUUGUAAGUAACUGGAACCCUGAGCAUGCCAGGGUCAAAUAUUACAAUGAGCUAAGCAAAAGUAUUGAAAUUCAUACCUAUGGGCAAGCAUUUGGAGAGUAUGUGAAUAAUAAAAAUUUAAUUCCUACCAUAUCUACUUGCAAAUUUUAUCUUUCUUUUGAAAACUCAAUCCACAAAGAUUACAUCACAGAAAAGCUCUACAAUGCUUUUCGGGCUGGCUCUGUACCUGUUGUUCUGGGGCCAUCUAGGGAAAACUAUGAGAAUUAUAUUCCAGCAGAUUCAUUCAUUCAUGUGGAAGAUUAUAACUCUCCCAGUGAGCUAGCAAAUUAUCUGAAAGAAGUUGACAAAGACAAUAAAUUAUAUCUUAGUUACUUUAAUUGGAGGAAAGAUUUCACAGUAUCUCUUCCACGAUUUUGGGAAUCACAUGCAUGCUUGGCUUGUGAUCAUGUAAAAAGGCACCAAGAAUAUAAAUCUGUGGGUAAUUUAGAAAAAUGGUUUUGGAAUUAAGAUUUUACAUCAUUUGCACACUUGGCAAAUUAUUUUGAAGAGAUAUCCAAAUUUUGAGGAUGAAAAGAAAGACAGUCUGCUUUUCUGCCACAAUUUAUUUUUGAUCACUCUCUUGGGUAACAUGUAUAUUUUGAUGGAGACUUUUUAAGAGCUCAUCAUUAGCAAUCACUCUUGAUUUUAAAUUAUCCUGUAUAUACCUAAUUAUGUAUUUAUUCUUUAAAGUCAUUUGUAAAAAAUUGUUAUUUCACAUUUUUCUAGUUGUUCAUAAUGUAAGUUUGUGAUACAUCUGUUGUUCCCACAUUGAUCAACUGGUCUAUCUAUUGAGAAGAAAUAAUGAUGCAUAUCUUAAAAUAUAAAAUAUUUUCACUAAACAUUACAGUCGCUGGCUCCAAGUUUACAUAAUGUAGCACUGUUGUCCCGUUGUUCAUCGAAUUGCUUGAGCGGGCACCAGUAACAUCUCUAUUGUGAGACUUGUUACUGUUUUUGGCAUAUCGAAUACAUAAUGUAACAGAGGAAAAUUGUAUGUUAUUGAAUUUAACGUCUGACUUCUGAGUUGAACAAACUGUAUAACCAUGUGUAUUUGAUCUGUUUCUACCUGUUUAUUACAUUUGUGAAGGCAGAAGUGUUCAUGUAGUGAAUAAGAUAGAUUGUAAAGCAGAACCGUUUUACUCAGGAUGUUAUUAAACUUCCCUUUGAUUUUUAUUUAGAUGACUUGCAGGGACUUGUUCUCCUGAUCUAAACUAAGUUUUUCAAGCAUUUGAAUACCCAAUUUGCUGUAGUUUUCAGUAAGUGGGAAGCAAUCCUAAUAACACUUAAGAACAUUUAAUACAGCUCCCUUUUUUGUCAUAGUAAUACUAUGUAAUAAAACUAAUGAUUUCCUCAAAUAUCAAAGCAAAAGUAUAUAUAGAAAUAUGUCAAUUAAAAUGGUACAUUUAUAUACAACUUUAAUUACAUAUAAAUUGCAUUUUCCCCCAGAAGUCCCAGAUUUAUACAAAUCUCAUUUUACCUUAUGAGAAAAUAAAUAGGCCUUGUUCUAUCAUAUCAAGAGCCUAGGCAAAAUCGUCAUAAAGACAUUAGAUAUAAGGUGUUAAAAAUAACAAAGUGUGGAACCGGAGCGAUAGCACAGCAAGUAGGGCAUUUGCCUUGCACACGGCCGACCUGGGUUCGAUCCCCGGCAUCCCAUAUGGUCCCCCAAGCACUGCCAGGAGCAAUUCCUGAGUGCAAAGCCAGAGUAACCCCUGAACAUCGCUGGAUGUGACCCAAAAAGCAAAAAAAAAAAAUAACAAAGUGAAAAAUUAUAAGAAGCAUACAUAAGAAACAAACAAGCUAAUAGAGAGUAAAGUUGUAAUUUGUUGAGUGAAAAAUGAAUUACAUUGAAUUUCUGGGGAUAUUUUUGUUUGUUUCAAUUGAGUGACAAUUUUAGCCCAAAGAAAAUAGCAAUAUGCUGUUUUACAAAAAUUUCAAUUCAGCAAUUAUGUAAUUUAGUAAUUUGUAUACAGCAUAUAUGGCCAUGGCUUUGGGACCUUGCAGAACCAAAAUUAGCUUACUAUCAGACUAAGUUUAAGGAUAAUUUAUCCCUUAACUUAUUGCUUUGGAACAUUUUUCUUAAGAUUAAGACUUGGAUACAAGAGUAGAUCAAUAGGUAAGAAAAGAUGGGAUACUGGACAUUCUUCAAGGAAAGCAUCACUUCAGAAAAUCUUUAAUAAUUCUGUUUAAUUUUUGUCAUAAACCAUAAAACAGGGCAUUUGAUGACAUUCAUUUAGAUCAAUUGGUGAUUCUGGUUGUUUUAUUCUUAAAUUUUCACACCAAUAGAAUCCACACCAACAGUUCUCUGCAAAAAAGAGAAGUUAUAGUGAGGUGAACUUCAAUUCAGUAAGAAGGAAAUAUGUGCAAAAACUCAGACCACCAGGUGAGAGAAUGAACUUUCUGAAUCACUGGAAGUACCUGAGCAGAGGAAGAUCAUCACAUUGCUUGCUUGAUCCUGAAGUUUGUUUCUUUACCCAGGUUGAACUGAAUAUUGUGUGAGGCAAUGUCCAGUUGGAGAUAAAGAUGAGCAAGGAACUAUCACUGCCUUAAAGUAUCUUAUAAUUAAGUGCAGAGAUACAAAAAUCCUGCCAUUGGAGUCAGCGUUUAUUUACAACAUAACUUCAGUGGAGUUGAAACAAAUCACCACUAAUUUAACGAAAAUAGAGCAAAUGCUCCAAAUUUGAAAUGCGAACUUUGUUUUCUGAUUUAGCACAAUAUAGAUUCCCCUCAUACUAUAAAAUCUAAUCACAUUGCAUCAGGAAAUAGUAUAUCUAUGUGAAUUCCCUCCUAGAUUCCCCAGUUUCCUAGAUAGAAAAGAUUUCCAUAGGCAUAUAAUUUAUCAUGCUAAAAAUAAUCAACUUCACACAAUGAUAGAUUUAAUUCUAUCACCUAUAAAGUACAUGGAAUCCUUUCUCUAUAAAGUGUAGACAACUUAAUGAAGAUGCAUAGCUUGCAAGUUUACAAAAUAACUGCAUUUUUUAAAAGUAGAAAAAUAUGCAGUGUCUUGACAACCUCCUCUUCUAUGGAAGGUUCUGAUACUGUCAAAGAAUUUCUAAAACCUGAAGUCAUCACCCAUAUUGCCAAUUACAGCUCUGCACUCUCUUUUAUAUGUUGAAUAUAGUACAUCUAAUGAGAAGUCAAAGCAACAAUACAAAGUCACCAGUUAGUACAUCAGUAUAUUGAAAACCCAUUACCAAGUACCAGAAAAAUAAAUACUUAUAAUUUGGAAUGCAAACAUGAGUCAACUGAGUUCUUCAAUUCCAGGCUCAUUAAUCUGUAGUUUAAGGGCUGCGAAAAAUUUUAUAGCAGUGUUUAGAAAUCAAUCUCUUCAGCCUACUUUUAAAUUAACUAGAUGCAGAAAUAAUAUUUAGUCAAUAAUUUUGUUUCAGUGCAUGUGUGCGCACCCACACACACAUUUUUAAUGACAUAGCUAAGUUUAAAAUUUAAGUGAAACAUGUUUUCUAAACCUGCAUUAAUUUUCAUGCUGUUUUCAUCUUCCCUAGAAAGAACCAAAAUUUCUAAAUCUAUUAAUGGCUUAUUGGUAUUGGGGCUUAAUGAACAGUAUAUUGUAUGUGGAAACACUUUCUCUUUAGAAAAGUUACACAGUAAACAGAACCUUGAUUUUGUUAGCAAUCCCUCAGAUUAAAUAUUUUAGAGUUAUACUUUAGAGAUAGAAAUAGGUUUUCACUGUAAUAAAGUGAAAUGCAACUCUCAAUAUGGAAUCUGGGGCUUAGCCACUCCUUUAGUAAAUCUGGGAGUCUAAUUUGUUUUAAGAAUAUCUCAUGGUGAAAGAUGUUAAUUCUACAAAAUUGUCUUGCUGUUGAUUAUAAAUGAGAAUUAGUAUGUCUAGGAUAUAUCAUAGAUGUUAAGCGACAAUAAGCCAUUAUAAAGUUUUAUUUCAAGCUAGCAAAAAUUGGUAGUACCUUAAUGUCUGGUUAUUUAAGUGUAAUUGUUGUAGGUACAGGCCUACUCUAGUAACGGUAUAUAAAUGUUAAUUUUAUAAACAUCAUUAUUAUGAGUGUAUACUGAAUUUUUUAUAUUCAGCAAAUACUGCACUGAAAAAAGUUAUGAUAGUCAUCUUUAUGACAUGUAAGUUUGCUGCAGUAAACUAGAGAUUUUUUUAAGUAGAAAAAUUUUUACAACUCUAGUAGGUAACCAAUUAUCUGCUUUAAAGUUUCUUAUCUACUAUGUAAAUUCUCAUAAUUCUAGAAUAUGUGUAAAUAAUUUGUGUUAAAAGGGCUAGGAAAAUGAAGAACAAAUUAUGUGUAGAGUGAGGGAAUAUUCAGGAAUUGUUGAGUCUUUAAAUCCUUUCCUCUGAGCUAAAAAGAUAAUACUGAGAGUAAGGCACUUGUUUUGUAUGUGCCUCAUUCACAGUACUACAUGGUAAAUCUAGAUUUGUUCCCCAGUACUCCAUGUGGUCCUGAGAAUCACCUGAAAUGAUCUCUGAGUACUCAAAACAAAGAAACAAAAACAAACAAAAGUAGAUUUUUGCCACCAAUUAGAUGUUAAAUGCAUAAAUACAAAAAGGUAGAAAACUAUACUAUUGAUACUAUUUUGCAUGCAUUUUCAGACUAGUUUCCAUAAGUCUUAAGUCAUUGUCUAGACCAAGUUUUUUAUAAAGUAAUAUUUCAAGUAAGACUUAGAUUCUAACAUUAAAAUAUUGUAUUCAACCAUAUGUUUUAGUUCUUUCUCUUGUUUCUCUCUCCUCUCAUAUUCUCUCUAUCCUCUCUGUCUCUCUCUGUCUCUGUCUCUGUCUCUGUCUCUCUCUCUCUCUCUCUUUCUCUCUUUCUCUCUCUCUUAGGCUAUAUCUGGCAUUGCUCAGGACUGACAUGUUACUCGGGAGACCAUGUGACCAUGUGGUGCUGGGGAUCAGAUCUGAGAGUAUGUUUGCAAAGCGUGUCCUCCAUUUCUUUGACCUCUCACAUUUAUCCCUGAAAAACUCUUUAACAAAUCAAUCAUAAUCAAAUUGAAAAAUAUCAUGAACUUCAGAAUCUAAAACAUAAGCACACUAUCAUAUAGAAAAGUGAUUUCAAUAGAUACCCUUUCAUUAAUUAUAAAAACAGUUUUAGAAGUCAGGUGAGAUAUGAUUUACCAAAAGAACAGUUCUAGGUUAUUGCUUCAAGUUAACAAUGAUGUUUUACAUUUAUUUUAUUCUUUUAUUUGUGCCUGGGUACAAAAUAAAGGUUGUUUAUGUGCUUUUAGAUUUAUUGCAGACUAAAACCUUUGAAAGAAUAUUGCAAGAAAGAUUAAAAGUGAUUUUGGGGACAUGUUAAUAUUCUAUCCGAGUAUUAACUUACCAACAUUUUUAAUAAGAAAGAACCAAGUAUUUACAAAGAAUAUAAAGUUCAAGCACUGUGAAUGGCACCUAUUUACUAGCAAACAAAGCAUAAAGAGAAAUACUGUUUCUUUCCCCACUAACUAGACUCUUUUGGACUAUAAACAUCAGUCAAUUAAUAUAAUUUUUUCCUGGAUGUCUCUCACCUAGAGAGUUUGUAACAUUUUGCAAAUGAGUAAGUUCCACUACUAUCAAAGUGUUUUCCCUCUCAGUAAUUCAUAUUGAAUGUACUCAUAAUCACAAGGAUUAUGUAGAGUAUUUAACAAAAAACAAAAGAGAGAUAAUGUACUAAGCCAGAAAUAUGAAUAGUACCAGGUUGGGUUACUGGCUUAACAAACUGUAAUUUUGAGAGAAAGCCUCUCUGGAAUUUGCUGUCUGCAAGGAUCCUUCCUUCUAGCCAUUUUUCUCUUUCAUCUAAGAUCAAACGUACUUGCAAAUAAAUUACAAUUUUCUUAAAGUCCAGUGACAUCAAAAUAUUUUAAAGAUAUUAUAUUAAAUAUAUUAUACAUAAAUAUUUUCAAGAAAUUUCCUGUUUAUUUAAUGAGGGGAAAAACAUGAACUAUUUUUAAAAUAAGAUGUGAAAAGAAUACAAAUCAGUGUUUGGAAUACAGAAAAUGCUCAAUUAAGUUUUCCUUGAACUCUUCUUUGCAAUUCUUCACAAACAUACAACCUUUUUAUUCAAUUAAUUCACAUACUAUAAACUGAAGUAUUUAUUGAUUGGAGAAUCCAUUGAACAUAUGAACACCAAUCAACACCAGUGGUGUUCUAUCAAUAUUGCACACUAUUUUAAAAUAAUUUACAUUUUUGUAUAAUAUUUACCUUAAUUAUAAUAAUCUAAUGUUUUGCUACCAAAAAAUUUUUAGUGAGGCACAUACCUAGUCCCCAUCUAACAAUAAUUAUAUGAUAUAGAAGAAAAUUAGAGUAUUCCUGAUUUCUAAUUGAAAAAUUAAAGUAUUCCUGAUACAACUAGAUAAUUUGAGAAUUUUUAAAUAAACAUUAAUAAAUGUUUAUGUUUUAAUAUUUGCUUUAAAAAUAUUUUGGUGGAAUUUUAAAAGUUUCUUCAAUAUUUGGCCAUCCUUUGGAAGUGUUCUUAUUGUAAAACUGGUUCCUGUGCCACUUGACCAACAAUCACUAGGGGUGUUUAGUAAGAGCACUGACUCCUGGACUGUAAUCACAAAAUUCAAAUAUUUUUAAAUGAACCUGAAAAAAAAUGUUUUAAAUACAUUUCCUGAGUUACUCUACUCCAUAUAUUUUAAAUUAUCCUAAGUCAUCAAUUCUAAAACAAAAUAUGUCUUUGAUACCUCUGGAUCAGUACAAAAGAAGUAAUUUGAUACACUCAAAUUCUCAUUCUCUGGUCUAAAAUCUGUGUCUCCCCAUGUAGUGCUGAAAGAUAUAAGAUAAUCAUAGCUACCCUAUUAAAUGGAAACUAGAUUCACUCAAUUGAUACAAGUUUCCACUUUUCUUGAGUCUGCCUAGAAGAUUCCUGUGAAGUCCUGUGAAGACAUGUUUCCCUGCUUUAAGAUCCAAGGCAUUCUCUGUGCUUAUCUAUUUUGAGAAAUAGUUAAGAAACUAUUAACUAGUUUCUUAAUUGGCACCAAGUUAUUUAUCACCUCUAGAACUUCUUUCUUGUUUUGAGUGGCUCAUGGGUAAUAUUUGUCGAGCAUGGGUGCUUAUCAGAAUCUCCUGAGACUGAAAAAUUUGGUUGCUCAGAGACUUCUUCCAAAAACUGGUCCUAUUUAAAAAAAUAAUAGAGGCGAGCAGCUAAGAAGGCUCCAUGGGUAAUAACUCCUCCUCUAGGAGUCACCAGUCUGCACAAAACACAGCAUACAAUUCUCAGCCUACAGGAAUUAUUAGAAAAAGAAAAGAAUACAUAUUCCUUGAAAAAUAUUUCUUAUACUCUUUUUAGGUUCUAACUGCAUGUUUGCAUUUUGAAUGUGAAAUAUUGAAUUAUACAAUUAUUAGUAUCCUUACACCUAUAAAAUCUGAACCUUCUGUUAUCUUCUAAUCAUUAAUAUGUGUUAAAAAUAACCUUUUUCUGAGUCUCUAGGUCCUUAUUUGAUAAAUGGAAAUGGUUACAGUUGAGAUGUAACAAUGAGUUGUGUAACAUGAAUUUUCAAUGACCACACCUUUAAUAUUGAAUCUCAGUUCUGCCACUGAUUACUAUAUGCAAGUUAUUAAAUGUCUCAGUCUCAGACUUUGUAAUGUGAAUCACAGGUGUUAUAGCCCUGUCUUUUUUUUGUGAGGACAAAUAAAGUGGCAUUGAAGUUACCAGAUUAUAUAUUAAAUACAUAUAAUUUAUUAUUGUAAAAAGCAUUUGGAAUGAUAUGAAACUUUGCACAAUUUUAAUAAUAGCAUUCUGAAAAUUUUUAGUAACAUUAUCAUUGCAAAUUUAAAUACACCAAAGAAAGUCUUUGGGAGAAGAGAAAACUAUUGCAUAACUGGGUGCAUCCAAAUCCUUGGUGAUUACUAAGCAUGAAUGGACUGUGGGAAACUGGCAGUGGUAGUGCCUGGGAAUUAUUUGCCAUAUGAAGCACAAAUACCAUUUCCUAAAAUAAUUAGAAUCCAGGGAAGCUUAAUUUUCAUUCACUGUUAUGAGCGAUCAGCAAUUCCAUUGGUAUAGUUCAAAUCAAAGGAAAAAGUAAUAAGGUGAUUCUCAGAUUCUCUUGAAAACAAAAAGGUCUAGAAAUAUUCAACUACUUGAAAAUAUUCAACUGCUUAACUAAAUCCACUUCUUCAGUUGAUCCACUACUCUAGUUUAUCCAGGGUUAAUAAUACAAAUUAGAAAAGAUAAUCAAGUUACUAUCUACUUUCCCUAAAGUUAAAUUUAUACUAAUAUAACUUUAAAAUAUUAGGAUAUAUACUUUUCAAUGACAGUGCAUAAAUUUAGUAAAUGAAUAUAUUUGUUUAUGGUGCUAUUUUUUUUUAAAAAAUUCUUAGCCAGACUGUGACUAAAAUUACUCUAAGUAUUAACUUUAUAGUAGAUUUUUGACAUAAAUAAUCACAUAUGUCUGCAUGCACAAAUUCUAAAUUAUGUUAUGAUAAAACAAAUAAAAGCAGAUAAGGCAAAAUUUAUUUUAGAUGUGAAAAGAUUAUAUUAAAAAUAUUAUUAUUAUGCAUUUUCUAAUCCUACCACUUUAAAGAACAUUAGAAAUGUUUUUUUUUUCAGAUAAGUCAUAGGAAACAUUCAGAUACUAAAGAAUUUUCCUAAGUUUUUUGGUAAUCAAAUUGUUGAACUAGAUAGAUAUAGAUAUAGAUAUAUAUCUAUAUAUAUAAAAUAUUUUUAGUAAAAGCUAGUAGCACAAAUGUUUUUUCCCGCAAAAGAUAAAUAAAAUCUAUCUGAAAAAUUAAGAUUUCUAUAGGAGGUAGCCCAACUGUAGUAACUAUAUACGACUAUACUCCAUUUUGAUUAAUGAGGGUACAAAAGACAGAAAAGUAGCAUAGCCAGAAAUGAUACCUAAACUAAAUUAAUAACCCAACAGUAUUCAUUAUUGAAGAAAUCUGUGCCCAAAUUACAACAGUGAAUCCUCAGUGUCAGGUUAGCCUCAGUAGAUAACUUUAGUCCCCUGGAUGAAAGGAUUCUGAGGAAGGCACUUUUGUCCAAGAUAAGGUUGCUAGAAUCAAGAACUAACUCUCUUGGGUAGGAUUUUGCCUCCAGAGAUUGCAAUGAUAUCAGGUCUUUUACAUACUGGAUCUCUUCUUUGAGUCCCAUGAACAAAUCCAAACUAUCUAGUUGGCUGUGUAAAACUGUGAGCAGUCCACUUUUCAACUAACAGAUGACUUAUUCUGAGUAUUGAAAACAUUCUUUUUAAACAAUUCAAAUGAAAGAACAGUCAUAUCACGACAGGAAAUUUAUUUAGAAAUUAAAGAAAAACAAAAUUUUUCAGUUUGUAGAUGACCUACAUUCAAAUAAUUGAGAUUUCUUGACUUGGAAGAUUAAUAGACUUUGCGGCAUUGAAAUAUUAAAAAAGUAGUGAUGGCAAUGACAUCUUUUGCCCUCAAAAAUGUAAUUCUCUAGAGUGUGAUGGUAGCAUUCCAAAAAAUUAUUUAUCAUCUUUUUUCCCCCUCUUAUUUUUUGCUACAUUUUAAGUUUUGCUAUAGCUAGGAGUCAGGGUUAGUGGAUUUACUUAAGUACAUCAAAAAAUAAAGCUUUUUUAUAUAACAAGUCAUGUAAAAUAGAUCAGUAGGCAAAAAUGUUUGGCAAAGGCAAUUCAAUGAGCUAGUUAAAUUAUUUUAGUGAAUUAUUAAGAUUUGUCACCUCUAUUGAAAAUAUGGUUUGUUCAAAAUUCAAUCAAAAUGUGUGUAACAAGUUUUUCAAGGAUGAAAUUGAUGAGUUAAAAUAUAAUCAAAAUGUUCAUUCAAAUCCAUAAAGCUUUAGAAAUGAGGAAAGUGGCAAAGAGUAACAAAAAAACUCUUGCAUGCACACUGCAUUAUAUGCCAUGAACACCUCUGGGCUGCAGAUUUCUCAUCUAUCAACCUGGUGUUGUUGGACUUUACGCUAAAAUCACAGAACUAGCAUAAUUGUUCAUGGGACUUUCUGUUUUAAUUAGCCAGGCUUAGAGCAUGCACUUCCAUAUCUUCAGAAAUUGUCCUUUUCUUCCUUUCAUUCUGCCAUGGCCCUAUCCUGGGAAGCAUAAGAAAAGGAAGGUAGCAGCUAAAAGGUGUAUGUGGAAGGGGUGAAUUCCCUUCAGAAUUCUAUUAUAAAUGAUUUUUAAAGAAGAAAGCUACUCUGGAAUUUUGUAAAAAAGCAGUGUAACCUCUACAUGCCUGGUAUUUCCUUAAGAAGAAAUACAGAAACCCAUUCAUGCCUGUGCCCUUUUGUGUAAUUAAAGUGUAACUGAACAAAAUGAUAUUGAGUCAAGAAAAGAAGAUCAAAACUAUCUUGCUGAAACAGAUUGUGCCAAUUUUUUAAUUGUUAGGGUCAGCAAUAUAUAUAUAUAUGUGUGUGUGUGUAUAUAUGUGUAUAUAUACACACACAUGUAUGUGUGUAUACACAUACUUAUAUAUACAUAUAUACUAUUUGGUUGGUAAUUGUAUUUUUUAUCAAUGUAAUGUGAAUUUUGCACUUACGUACUGUCAUAUUUAAGGAAACUCUUAAAAACACUCUGAAACUUAAAUGCCAAAUGUACAGUUUUUAGGUUCAUGUUAUUUCUGAUAAGAACUUAAUUGCAUUGUGCUAAUAGUUGUUUAAAGCUAUUAACUUUCAGCAUUGUACUAUAGUAAUACAGAUAUGUAUGGUUGUUGUAAGCACACUAAUCAUCUGAAAUUUUAUAGAAAAAUAUCAUACAUUGUUCAGAAAUCACUUUUCUACUUAUUUUUUGUAGAGUAUUUUUCCACACUUGAAAAAACAUGAUUAUUUUAUAUCAAACAUCAACCUUUCUUUAAACUUUUAUUUUACUAGUGAGUCCAUGUUUGAAGUAGAUAUGUUAGAAAUUAUAUAAAGAUAUUAAGGUUGUGUAUUAAAUUAGGUGAAAAAAAUGCAUGCCAUUGGUGAAUCAUGCAACUUUGGGGGGAUUAAUAGUGCCAAAUAAAAAUUAAGCUUUGUCUAAAUUCAUGUGCAUGAUUCAUAUCCUUUCAAGAGUCCUUUUUAAAUUUAGAAGAGUGAAAAUGUUUUAAUUAGUGCUAAUGAGCCAAUAGACAAUGCACUUUUACUUAUUUCUCUUUUUUCUAACCUCGAAACAUACUGUUGUCUAUUUUUGUCCCCAAAUUUCCUCUUGGAACUUAUUAUUGGUAAUAAAAUUCAACAAGUAAAGUAAACAAUGUAAUUUUCUCUACAGUAUCUUAUUAUUACAAAGCAUGAUGAUGUUAAAGUAUCAUCUUGAUCCAUUCCAUACUGAAAACAUAACAUUUUGGCAGUUCCUCCUACAAAAAUGGAAUGUCUAUUUUCACACUGCCUAAAUCAACCACUGCCUGGGAGGAAGGGGGAAAUAACACUUGAGACCAAGUUUGGACAAAAAUAAAUUAGAUAAUAAUUGAGAAAAUACAGACAGUGUAACAGUCAACGUAAUUAGUAUACGGGAACAAAAGUAAAUCAGUGUGUUUGUUAGUGAUCUGGGUAAUUAUGAAAAGUAUAUAGAAAACAUAAAUUAUGGUUGCAGAAAGCAAGUAUUUAUCUACUAAUAAUUUGCAAUCACUUAUGGGAACAGAAAUUACUCUAUUCAGUAAUGUUUUGUUUAUGUUUGUGUAUGUGUGUGUUCUUUUUUUAAAAAAUACACCUGUACUUUUGAAAGGGCUUCAGUCUAAACAGAAAACAUGUGUAGAUAACAAUCAUGCCCCUGUAACAUUAGUCUUUAAAAUAUAAUAAGGCUAGAUCAUAGCAUUAGUGUUUUCAAAACACCAAUAAAUACUUGCAAUAUUGAAAAACAAUUUUACUGCUAUGCCAUUAAAACAGUGAAGAUUUAUUUAUAAAAUUGUUUAUUUAUAGAUAUUUUGCUUCAUUUAAGUUCCAUUUUAAUAGCUUCAGUAAAUUUAAUAUAAUGGUUAGAAAAGUUGUCUCUAGCUACCAUUCCAAGUGAACAGCAUGCGACUGAGUCUUUCUGCAUCCAUGAAGAAAAUAUGAAUCCAGACAAUGAAUAG